AUGCACCGAGCACAGGGACGCGGUGGCACGAGUAGGGCCGGUGGGGAGCCCCGGGCGGCCCCGCCGAGCCCGGGCAUCCCCCCGAAGCGUGCCAAGGUCACCGCGGAGCCGGGGGCACCCGAGGAGGGCCCGGGUCGCCCGGCGGCACCGUUUUUUGCGCGGAAGCUGAAGAACGCGGCGAUCGGCACCGGCUGCGACAUCCGGCUGCGGGUGGUGGCUGUGGGCAACCCCCGGCCCAGCCUCCGCUGGUACCGAAAUGAGGAGCUGCUGGCCCCACGCGGGGAGGAGUAUGGCACCCUCUGGAUCCGGGACAGCAAGAAGGAGGAUGCCGGCGUGUACACCUGCAUCGCCGAGAACGAGAGGGGAGAGGCCAUGACGAGUGCCGUGCUGGCCAUCAUUGACAUGGAAGACUCGGAGACGGGCGAGGAUGAGCCCAGCGAUCCCCAGGUGACGCAGCGCAGCGAGCUCCAGGAUGAGACGGCCUUCAGCACCCCCACUGGUGGGUCUGACACCCUCGUGGACGCCUCCAUGAACACGACGCCAACCUCGGUGCUGGCCCUGUCACAGGCGGAGGAGCGCUCCAGCUGGUCGGGCAGCCAGCAGACCGUGGUGGAGAAGGAGACGGAUGCCAGCCUCCCCGCACGGGGACCCUACCUCCGCCCUGCUGCCUGGCAGCAGCCGCAGGGAACCCCAAGGCAAGCAAACGCGCCAGCCCCGCGCGGCGCCGAGGUCCGGCACCUGGGCGUGGAGCCGCUGGUGCGGGCAUCACGGGCUAAUCUGGUGGGCACGAGCUGGGGGUCGGAGGAUAGCCUUUCAGUGGCCAGCGACCCGUACGGCAGCGCCUUCAGCCUGUACAGAGGACGGGCGCUCUCGCUCCACGUCAGCAUCCCCCAGGGGGGCUACCGGAGAGAUGACCCCCACAGCGGCCCCGUCUCUCCAAAGCCUGGCGCCGAGGCCCCGAGGUCCCCCGCUGCCCUGCCGCUGACCGCCAAGCCACCCAUCCUCCGCUCGCCGUCUCCCCGUGCCGGCCCGUGCCUGCCGCCGCCCGCUGGCGCCACAUCCCAACCUGUUGCCCGUGGCUCUGGCGUCCCCUCCUUCACGCCCGUGACCCCCCGCAAGAAGUCCUCGGUGCCAGCCGAGUACCAGGACAUUGUCCCCGAGGAGUACGAGGAGAAGAUCAAGAAGCCCAAGUCCUCGGGGUACUCGCAGGGCAGCACGCAAGAGUCCCGUCCCCAGACACCCAUGAGCGACGCCUCUGGCCGCAUCUCCAUCCGGGCAUCCCCCAAGCUGGUGCGUGCUGGCUCCAAGAUCUUCGAGAGGCUGCAGUACUUCGAGGAGCGGCGGAGGAGCCUGGAGCAGGCAGACAGCCCCUUCCCCGCACACUCCUGCCUGCCCUUGCGCAAGACGCGCUCCUUCGACCAGCCCGGCUCUGGCUCGCGCCGUGCCAGCAUGCUGGGCGGCUCGCGGGAGGACGUGCGGGAAGGUGGACGCUGGGAGCCAGGUGGCACGGCGGCAUGCCGGCGUUUGGCUUUCCGGCAGAAAGCCGCAUCCUUUGACGAGCGGGGCAAGUUUGCCGGCCGCGUCUACGCCAUCGAGCACAAGUUUGCGGAGGAGCUGACCCGCAUCAAGCGGACAGUCUCCAAGCAGCAGCUGCGGCGCUCCCAGGAGCUGUGCAAAGCCGGGCUGCCCCCGGCACCCUCGCCCCCGGCGGCCAGCGAGCCUGCCGCCCCCCGUGCCCCCCGCACCCCCUCCUCACAGGGCGCCGGCGGGCGCAGGGCGCUGCCGCCAAAGACCUUCCCACCCGUGGAGAGCACGCACGUCAUCCAGCACCUGGCACUUUCCAGCGUGGCGCUGGUGGGACCCGACGGGGAGCUGGAGUCAGGGGGGCAGCGUGGGAGGAAAGCCCCGGCGUGGGGCAGUGUGGUGGCCGGUCAGCCCACCGAGGUGGAGGAUGUGGGCGCCAGGAAGAGUCUGCAACCAGGAGGCAUUGGGGAAGUGAAGAAGAAGGAGCAGUGGCCGUUAGCACAAGCCACCCCACAGGGUCGGGUGGCCCUUUCACAGGCGGGUCCCGCCGAAGGCAGCCCGUGCCCAGACGGGGGCCCUGCCGGUGGAGCCCGUGCCCCCGGGGUGGUGAGCGAAGCCCUGGCCGCCCGGCUGACUGUGCCCCACGGGUUGUACCGGCGGCUGGAGGCACCUGCGGAGGUGCGGUUCCUGCCCUGGGCGAAGCCGGGGAUGGAGCAGGAGGCUCGCCUGGAGAGGAGCUCGGCAGGGCAGCACAGUGUGGGCAGGGAGGUGGAGAGAAGGCAGACGAAAGUGUCAGAGAAGAAAGAGAGUGGCCGGACGGCUCAAGAAGGCAGGAGCACGCGGAGCAAGGGGAAGGGGCGCCGAGCCAGGCCCACCUCUCCGGAGCUAGAGUCCUCUGAUGACUCCUAUGUCUCAGCGGGUGAAGACCCCCUGGAAGCCCCCAUCUUUGAGAUCCCCAUCCAGGACAUGGCGGUGGCCGUGGGGGCAGAGGUGCUGCUCAAGUGCAUUGUCACAGCCAACCCCCAGCCAGAAGUGUCCUGGAGGAAGGACGGGGUCCCGCUGCGGAGCAGCACGACGCGGCCCAUCAAGGUGGAGGGCGAGCGUCAUACCCUGCUGGUCAGGAGCGCCCGGGUAGCCGACGCUGGCCUCUACACCGUCACGGCGGCCAACGAGGUGGGGGCGACCUGCUGCAGCGCCAUCCUCAGCGUGCGGCCCGGCCCCGCCGUGGAGCGGCAUGGGAACUUGGCACCCCCCCUCGGCCAGGCCAGCCCCAUCACCUCGGACGAGGAGUACCUGAGCCCCCUGGAAGAGUUCCCCGAGUCCGGCACCCCCCAGCACCGACCGGCCAUGAAGCUGCAGCCUAGAGCCGAGCAUGGGGCUGCCCGCGGCUCCCCAGAGAGCACCUUCAAGGCUGCACCCACCUUUGAGGUGUCCCUGUCGGACCAGUCGGUGCUGGAGGGACAGGAUGUCAGCAUGAGUGUCCGCGUCCGUGGGGAGCCCAAGCCUAUCAUUUACUGGCUGAGGAACAGGCAGCCAGUGAAGUAUGGCCGCCGGCACCAUGCAGAGGAGGCGGAGGGGGCGCGAGGGCUCUUCACGCUGCACAUCCUGGCAGCGGAGCGCACAGACACUGGCUUCUACACCUGCAAGGCCGUCAACGAGUAUGGCACCAAGCAGUGCGAGGCCAAGCUGGAGGUCAGAGCUCGCCCCGAGUGCCAGUCCCUGGCCAUCGUGGUUCCCCUGCAGGACGUGGUGGUCGGGGCGGGGGAGCUGGCACUCUUUGAGUGCCUGGUGGCUGGCCCGCCAGACAUGGACGUGGACUGGCUCUCCCGGGGCCGGCUGCUCCAGCCCGCCCUGCUCAAAUGCAAGAUGCAUUUUGACGGGCGCAAGUGCAAGCUGCUGCUCACCUCCGUGCAUGAGGACGACAGCGGGAUCUACACCUGCAAGCUCAGCACCGCCAAAGAUGAGCUGACCUGCAGUGCCCGGCUGACGGUGCAGCCCUCUGUGCAGCCACUCUUCACCCGCAAGCUGGAGGAUGUGGAUGUGGUGGAAGGGCGGACGGCGCGUUUUGACUGCAUGAUCAGUGGGACUCCCCCUCCGGCGGUCACCUGGACCCAUUUUGGCCAGCCGGUGCAGGAGGGGGAGAACGUGCGGAUUCAGCGGGAUGGUGGGCUGCACUCGCUGGUCAUCGUGCACGUGGGCAGCGAGGAUGAGGGGCAGUAUGCGGUGACAGCCAGGAAUGCCCACGGCCACGUGGAAUGCUCUGCCGAGCUCUAUGUGGAGGAGCCGCGGACAUCUGCUGCCUCCCAGAUCUCCAAGCUGGAGAAGAUGCCAUCCAUCCCGGAGGAGCCAGAGCAGGCAGAGACGGAGGCAGAGUGCUUCACCAUGCCUGACUUCCUGAAGCCGCUGCACAACCUGGACGUGGUGGAGUCGAAGGAGGCCGUGCUGGAGUGCCAGGUGGCCGGGCUGCCCUACCCCUCCAUCACCUGGUUCCACAAUGGCUCCCGCAUCGACAGCACAGAUGACCGCAAGAUGAUGCAGUAUAAGGAUAUCCAUCGCCUGGUGUUCACGGCUGUCAGCCAUGCACACGCUGGCGUCUAUAAAAGCGUCAUCGCCAACAAAGUGGGGAAGGCCACGUGCUACGCGCACCUCUACGUCACUGACGUGGUGCCAACCCCCCCGGAUGGGCCCCCCACCGUGGCCUCAGUGACCGGCAGAGCCAUCACGUUGACCUGGAACAAGCCCAGGUGGCUGGACACCGCCAUAGACCCCAACUCGGUGACCUACGUGGUGCAAAUGCAAGUGCUGGGCACGACGCAGUGGCUAGUGCUGGUGGCCGGUGUGCGGGAUACCACCUACACGGUGCAUGGGCUGACCAAGGGUGCCCAGUACCUCUUCCGCGUCAUCACCGCCACCCCCAAGACCAACAGCAAGCCCUGCCCACCUGUGGGGCCCGUGCAGCUCCUGGACCGGGGUCCCUACCUGGAAGAGGCCCCGGUCAUCCUGGACAAGCCAGAUGUGGUGUACGUGGUGGAGGGUCAGCCAGCCUCCAUCACCAUCACCAUCAACCACGUGGAGGCCACCAUCACCUGGAAGAGCUGGUGUUCCCGCAGGGGCGGGCAGGUGCUGGGGGAGCAGGAAGGCACGUGCGAGGUGGUGAUGCCAGACGAUGACCAGCACUGCCUGCGGCUGCUGCGUGUGGGCCGGGGGGCAGCGGGGCCACUGACCUGCGAGGUGAGCAACCGCUACGGCACUGCCCGCUGCACCCUCCGCCUCCGCCUUGCAGAGGCACCGCGCUUUGAGUCCAUCAUGGAAGACAUCGAUGCCCAGGAAGGGGAGACGCCGCGCUUCGCCGUGGUGGUGGAGGGGAAACCGCUGCCAGACAUCAUGUGGUACAAGGAUGGGGAGCUGCUGGAGGAGAGCAGCCACCUGAGCUUCGUAUAUGAGGACAACGAGUGCUCGCUGGUGGUGCUGGGCGCCGCCGAGCCCGACAGCGGCGUCUACACCUGCACGGCCAAGAACCUGGCCGGGGAGGUCUCCUGCAAGGCAGAGCUGGUGGUGCGGGCAGCCCAGCCCGCUGCCGAUGCUGCCAUGGAGGAGGAUGCGCUGCACAAGGCGCGACGCCUGACCGACUACUACGACGUGCACGAGGAGAUUGGGAGGGGGGCUUUCUCCUACCUGCGGAGGGUGACGGAGAAGAGCAGCCGGCUGGACUUUGCCGCCAAGUUCGUCCCAGGGAGGACCAAGGCCAAGCAGUCGGCACGGCGGGAGCUGCACAUCCUCUCGCAGCUGGACCACGAGCGCAUAGUCUUCUUCCACGAUGCCUUUGAGAAGAAGAACGCCGUCAUCAUGGUCAUGGAGCUCUGCGCUGAGGAAGAGCUGCUGGACAGGAUGGCGAGGAAGCCCUCGGUGUGCGAGUCUGAGGUCCGGUCCUACAUGCGGCAGGUCCUGGAGGGGAUCUGCUACCUGCACCAGCACAGCAUCCUGCACCUGGACAUCAAACCAGAAAACCUCCUGAUGGCAGAUUCAAGCAGCGAGCAGGUCCGGAUCUGCGACUUCGGCAAUGCACAGGAGCUGACGCCCGAGGAGCCGCAGUACUGCAAGUAUGGCACCCCUGAGUUCGUGGGCCCCGAGAUCGUCAACCAGAGCCCCGUCUCCAGCGUCACCGACAUCUGGCCUGUAGGGGUCAUCGCCUACCUCUGCCUGACGGGGAUCUCCCCCUUCGUGGGCGAGAAUGACAAGACAACGCUGAUGAACAUCCGCAACUACAACGUGGCUUUUGAGGAGAGGAUGUUCCAGGGGCUCACCCGGGAGGCCAAGGGCUUUGUCAUCAAAGUGCUGGUCAAUGACAGGCUGAGACCCAACGCAGAGCAGACGCUGGAGCAUCCCUGGUUCAAGACGCUGGCCAAGGGGAAGGUCAUCAGCACCGACCACCUAAAGCUCUUCCUCUCCCGUCGGAAAUGGCAGCGCUCGCAGAUCAGCUACAAGUGCAACAUGGUGCUGCGGCCGAUCCCGGAGCUGCUGGAGGACACGUCCAACCACCUCUCCAUCGCUGUGCCCCGGCACCUCAAGGAGUCACCGGCGCUGUCAUCCUCCUCGGACUCGGAUGACCUGGACGAGCUGCCCUUCAUCCCCAUGCCGCACCAGGUGGAGUUCUCUGGCUCCCGCAUGUCGCUCAAUGAGAUCCCCACAGACGACGAGGCCAUGGGGCCAUCCGAGGGGCCGCGGCCGGAGGGGGUCACGUCGGGGGACGUCUCCGCCAUGGAGUGGCAGAGCCAGGGCACAGGGAAGCCCGGGGCACCUGGCUCCUCCGACGAAGAAGCCCCCGAAGCCCAGAAGCGGCCGGAAUACCCCCGCAAAGCCAUGAGGAAGGGCUCCAGCCUGGAGUCCCCAGGAAGCACCCGGCGGGGAGAGCUGAAGAGGGGUGGUUCAGCCGACAGCGCCCUGCUGCUCCACCAGCCUCCGGGGGCCGAGGAGGGGGCCGAGGCGGGACGGGACCCCCGCCGGGCCCUGGCCAAGGCGGCCUCCAUGGAGCUGCCGCGGCGGAAGGGGACCUGGGGGGAGGACGAUCAUGCCCAGCGCCUGGAGCUGAUGCGCCAGCGGCUGCUGCGGGGCAGCUCAGGGGAUGGCAAGGUCAGCGGUCUGCGGGGUCCCCUCCUGGAGACCCUGGGGGUCGCGCCAGCGGUGCCACGGCUUGUGCGGGCGGCCUCCAGCGAGGCCACCUCGCCGCGCCUCCUCCCUGCUGAGCAUCAGCUGCAGAAGAGCAGCUCCUUCAGCCACGGGGACGCCGAGCCUGUCGUCCGGCACCGCCGCUCCGGCGCACCCCUGGAGAUCCCGGUGGCUCGCCUGGAGGCCCAGCGGCUCAAAGAGUCCCCAUCACUCUCAGCCCUCUCUGAUGCCCGGCCCCCAGUGCCGCUGGACGCCCCUGACCCGCCGACACCCCCCGUGGUAGAGAUCGCCGUCCCCCGGGCUCCCGCCGCCAAGGUUGCCUUGGGGAGGAGGCGCGUCCCUGAGGAGCGCAGCCAGCCCGGGGCCAGCACGGCCACCACCACCAUGGGGAAGAAGCCCAUGGCCAGGGGGCAGGAGGAGAAGAUGCCCGCCAAGGCCACUGGAGCCAGUGGGGAGGGGGCUGCCAGGACGGGAGCACCUGCCCCACCGCAGCCCCCAGUCCCCGGUGCCCAAGCCCCAAAAACGUCUUCCUACGCUAAGGUCAUGCAAGCCAUGGGAGCUGUGCAAGGUGGGGAGCCAGCUACCGAGGAACCCCCCCGGCCCCUGCCAGCCACCCCCACCGAGCCCCGCACGCCAGCACCAGCACCAGCAUUGAGGAGGGAGGUGAAGUCCACCGGCUCCUCCAGUUCCCUGCUCAUCCAGGACAUCGACUCGGAGGAGGUCUUUGAGGCCAAGUUCAAGCGGGGCCGGGAGUCGUCGCUCAGCCGAGGGCUGAAGCUCCUCACCCGCUCUCGCUCCGAGGACCGGCACCUGGCCAGCCUCCCGGCCCCCGACGAGGGCAUCUACCGUCCAACGCCGGCCGGUGUGCCCCUGGAGCUGCGCAGGGAUCGUCCCACCGGGCUGGCAGCCAAGUCCAAGUCAGUGCAGGACCUGCACGAGGUGGAGAAGGACCGGGGCUUCCUCCGGAGGAUGUCCGUGCUCCUCAAGCGGACCCCGCCUGCCGAGAGGAAGAAGAGCAGGGGGGAGGAUGGGGGCAGCGAGACCCCAUCCAGCAGGCGCCGAUUCUCCUGGAGCCUGGCCCUGGGUGGCUCCAAGGAGCGGAGGGACUCGGAGAGCCUCAAGUCGGAGCCGGGGGGCGGCGGGGAGAGCGAGUCACCGGUGGUGGCCGUGCGGAGGAAGAUCAGUGCCACGGUGGAGCGAGUCUCCGCGCGGCUGCGCAGCCUGUCGGACGAGCGGCCGGAGGGUGAGGGGCCCGGGGAGCUCCGCCGUGCCAGUUCCGAGGGGGAGAGCUUGCAGCCGGGGCCCCCCCCGGCACCUGCACCCUCCUCCGAGUCCCUGCGCUCGGAGGGCAGCACCCGCUCCUCUGCCUCCGCCAAAGGUGGGGGUGAGAGCCAGAAGCGGUCCCGCUGGGAGCGCUGGGGGCUCUCGCGGGGCAAGAAGGAGAAGAUGGCCUCGCAGCCCAGCAUCCCCUCCAGCCUGCUGCGGGAGGAGGGACCCGCCACCGGCCGGCCACAUGCAUCCAGUGAGUCGGAUUUCCCCCCUGUAUUCCACAUCAAGCUGAAGGACCAGGUGCUGCUGGAGGGCGAGGCGCUGACCCUCUGCUGCCUGCCUGCCGGCAGCCCGACCCCCAGGAUCCUCUGGAUGAAAGACAAGAGGUCCCUGCAGCCAGACAGCGCACUGAACAUCAUCUCCUGCAAGGACGGCCGGCAGAUGCUCACAAUCACCAAGGUCUCCAGGAAGGACACGGGGCUGUAUGAAUGUGCAGCCGCCAACACCCUGGGCACGGCCAUCAGCUCCUGCACACUGGCUGUGGCACGGCUCCCCGGGCGGCCGGGCACCCCGGAGAUCCCCCAGAAGUACAAGAACACGGUGCUGGUGCUGUGGAAGCCUGCGGAGAGCAAAGCCCCCUGCACCUACACGCUGGAGCACAGGCUGGAGGGGGAGCACGAGUGGAAGAUCGUCAGCACUGGCAUCGCCGACUGCUACUUCAACGUGACGGAGCUGCCCCCUGGGAGCACCGCCAAGUUUCGGGUGGCCUGUGUCAACAAGGCCGGGCAGGGACCCUACAGCAACCCCUCAGGGAAGGUGCACCUUGAGGCAGCAGAUGCCCGAGCUGCCCCAGCCAAGGACAUCGCUGUCCCUGUCCCCGAGAAGGUGGCUUCCAGUCGGUCAACCCAGACGCCCAUGGAGCAGCUGGAGCCGCUGGCCGUGGGGACCCCCCCCACGCUGCCGCCCCACAAGCACAAAGGAGUGGUGCAGAAGGCAGACGGGGCAGCGCAGGCGGACGUCCCCCCGGGGGUCCUCCAGCCCCCUGCACCGUGCGAGGAGGGGCCGCGGCCAGACCCCAAACUCCCACCCGACAUCACAGUCUGCGUGCCCCCUGAGCUGAUGUUCACCCCACCUCGGACUGUCACCUCGCCCCACACAGACACCCCCACCCAAGCCUCCCCCGCACCCCCCACGGACACGUCCCCCCCCCCCCAGGCUCCGUCUCCUUCCAAGUUGUCCCCCACUUCCCCUGUGUCAACCACCCCCAGCUCAGCCCCCACGCUGUCUCCCACCCCCAACACCGCACCCACGCGGAAGAUGCCCCCCUACAUGGUCACGUCCUUCGUCUCCAUGCCCCCUGCAUCGCCCCUCGCACAGGAGUCGUCCCACCCCACCCCAUCUUCCAAGGAGCCCCCAGCUGAGAGCGGGGUCCCGGGGGCAAAAGACAGCACAGCGCUGCGGCAGGGCGUCCCCCAGAAGCCAUACACCUUCCUGGAUGAGAAGGCGAGGGGCCGUUUUGGGGUGAUCCGGCUGUGCAAGGAGAACGCCACGGGGAAGCACUUCAUGGCCAAGAUCGUACCCUACGAGGCGGAGCGGAAGCAGAGCGUGCUGCAGGAGUACGAGAUCCUCAAGGCGCUGCACCAUGAGCGCAUCAUGGCCCUGCACGAGGCGUACAUCACCCCCCGCUACCUGGUGCUCAUCUGCGAAAACUGUGCCGGCAAAGAGAUCCUCUACAGCAUUGUGGACAGGUUUCGCUACUCAGAGGACGACGUGGUGAGCUACGUGCUGCAGCUCCUGCAGGGCCUCGAGUACCUGCACAGCCGCCGCAUUGUGCACCUCGACAUCAAGCCAGACAACGUCGUCAUCUCAGGCAUGAACGCCCUCAAGAUCAUCGAUUUCGGCAGUGCCCAGACCUACAACCCCCUUGUGCUGCGGCAGCUGGGGCGGCGUGUCGGCACCCUGGAGUACAUGUCACCAGAGGUGGUGAAGGGGGACCCGGUGGGCUCCGCAGCAGAUGUCUGGGGUGUUGGCGUCCUCACCUACAUCAUGCUCAGUGGGCGGUCGCCGUUCUUCGAACUGGACCCCAUUGAGACAGAGAACCGCAUCCUGGCAGGGCGCUUUGAUGCCUUCAAGCUGUACCCCAAUGUCUCGCAGAGUGCUGCCCUCUUCAUCCGCAAGGUCCUUGCCGUCCACCCCUGGAGCCGCCCCACAGUGAAGGACUGCUUUGCCAAUGCCUGGCUCCAGGAUGCCUACCUGAUGAAGCUGCGCCGCCAGACCCUGACCUUCACCACCAACCGCCUCAAGGAGUUCCUGGUGGAGCACCAGCGGCGCCGUGGCGAGGCCGUCACCAAGCACAAGGUCUUACUCCGCUCCUACCAGGGCGGCCAGCCGCCGGGGCUGCAGUAG